AUGGCGUCUACAGAUGAAAAAUCAGCCAUCUUUGAGGCUUCGCCUAUUAAGGGACCAGAAGCUGAAGGACAGAGGAAGGGUCCUCACAUGCCUGGCGUCGAAGACGGCGAUGAGAGAUUGCUGAACAAAAUUGGGUACACCCAGGACCUCAGUCGCCACUUCACAAAAUGGUCAACACUUUCCUACGCCAUCUCCAUCCUUGGAGUUCUUGGAUCCGUACCUGCGACAUUCGGUAGUCCACUAGCCCUAGGGGUUGCCGAACUUGUCUCGGCCUAUCCCACUGCUGGAGGGAUGUAUUUUGUCACCCGUAACGUUGUGCCCCCUAAGCAUGCCGCAUUAUGGUCUUGGAUAAUCGGAUGGUGCAAUCUCUUGGGCCAAACAUCCGGAGUGGCCAGUGUGGGUUACACAGUUUCUCAGAUGAUACUCGCAGCAGCAAGCAUGAACUCUGGGCUCGAUGGAGACACAUAUGCAUACUCGCCAACCCCCCUCCAAAUCGUGCUCUUAUCCAUCGCCCUUCUCGCUAUAUUCGGCAUCAUCUGCUCUCUCACAACACACGCUCUGCACUCAAUCAUUAUAUGGUUUGCACCGAUUAACAUCAUUGCGUCCGUGACUAUAUGUAUUGCUCUACUCAUCCUUACACCCAAUAAACAGUCUGCUUCGUGGGUCUUCGGCCAUUUUACCAAUGGUUCGGGCUGGGGAACAGGCUUCUCCUUUCUCCUCAGUUUCCUCUCAGUUGCAUGGACAAUGACCGACUACGAUGGCACGUCACACAUGUCAGAAGAGACACACGAUGCGGCAAUUCGUGGACCACAAGCUAUCAGGCACGCAGUCACAAUCUCCGGCGUGGUCGGCUGGAUGCUAACCGUCACCUUCUGCUUCUGCAUCCCGGAUCUCGACGCCAUGAUUUCCACGCCCACGGGGCUCCCCGCAGCCCAAAUCUUCCUCAAUGCGGGCGGGCGCCAAGGCGGAACCACCAUGUGGUUCUUCGUGAUCCUUGUGCAGUUCUUCACCGGCUGCUCGGCCAUGCUCGCCGACACGCGCAUGGCCUACGCCUUCGCCCGCGAUGGCGCCCUCCCCUUCUCCGCAUUCUUCGCACGCGUCAACGGCCAGACCGGCACGCCCCUCCACGCCGUCUGGCUGAUCGUCGCCUUCGCCUCCUGCCUGAACCUCAUCGGCAUCGGCAGCACGCAGACCAUCGUUGCCAUCUUCAACAUCACGGCGCCCGCGCUUGACCUCUCCUACGCGGCCGUCAUCUUCGCGCGCAUCGUCUACGAGUACCUCCAGCUCAUCACCUUCGUGCCGGGCCCGUUCUCGCUCGGCCGCAUGCAGAAGCCGUAUAACGUGGUGGCCAUCGUGUGGGUGUGUUUCAUCAGCGUGGUGCUGAUGUUCCCCACCACCAGGCCGGUGACGCCGACGAAUAUGAACUAUGCUGUGGUGGUGGCGUUGGGUAUUGCGACGUUCAGCCUGGGGUGGUGGUGGGCUGGAGCGAGGAAGACGUAUACGGGACCCAAGACGCGGGAUCUCCUCCCGGGCGAGCGGAGUGGGAAUGGGGAUGGGAGCUUAGAUGAGGAGGUGGGGGGUAGCAAAGGGCUGAAAGAAGACUCAUGA